AAGAUCAAGAAAUUUUGGUAAUAGUUUGGUCUCAAAUUAUAUACCUUAAAUAAGUGUUCAAGUGAGUUGACCUUUUCUCUGUCAAAGAAAGGCAAAACAAAAAAUAACACUUAAUUGGGAGCCCUUUUGUUAAUUUUCUCAGGGGUUUAUCCUCUAAAAUAUAGAGCUCUGAAAUGGCGAUGGGUCUCCUUCAGUCCGGCUGCUCAGUUUCCUUCGCACGGGCUUUACGGUCUCGCACUUUUACAACCAUCUCCAGCACGGUCACAGUACCCUCACUCAAGAAGGCUUCUCAAAUGGAGACGCGCUUCCUCCUUGGCUUGUCUGAGGAACAACUUCAGCAACUUUCCCUCGACUUUGGUCAGAAAAGUUUUAGAGGUAAACAACUAUAUCAUCUCCUCUACAAGAGAAAAGUCAAGGAAAUUCAGGAAUUUAGCCAGCUGCCAUUGGAAUUUAGGAACGAUUUAGAGGAAGCAGGAUGGAGGGUUGGGAGGUCCCCAAUUCAUAAAGCAGUCACUGCAGCUGAUGGGACCACCAAGUUGCUUAUAAAACUCGAAGACAACCGACUGGUCGAGACUGUUGGAAUUCCAGUUAAAGACAAUGAUGGUUCAUCUCGCUUGACAGCAUGUGUUUCAUCUCAGGUGGGCUGCCCGUUGCGCUGUUCGUUCUGUGCGACUGGCAAGGGAGGAUUCUCAAGGAACCUUAAGAGCCAUGAAAUCGUUGAGCAGGUCUUGGCAAUAGAAGAGCUAUUCAAGCAGAGAGUGACAAACGUUGUGUUUAUGGGUAUGGGUGAGCCAAUGUUGAACAUGAAAGAAGUCCUUGAAGCAUACCGUUGCCUGAAUAAGGAUAUUCUGAUUGGGCAAAGGAUGAUUACAAUUUCAACCGUUGGAGUUCCAAACACCAUAAAGAAGCUUGCAUCUUACAAACUUCAGUCUACGCUGGCUCUCAGCUUACAUGCUCCAAAUCAGAGUCUUCGAGAAAAGAUUGUACCAAGUGCAAAGUCCUACCCUUUGAAUGCAAUAAUGAAGGAUUGCAGGGACUACUUCCUGGAAACUAGAAGAAGGGUUUCCUUUGAAUAUACACUUCUAGCCGGAGUGAAUGAUUCCGUCAAGCAUGCAAUUGAACUGGCAGAAUUGCUUCAUGAAUGGGGUCGUGGCCAUCAUGUUAACUUAAUACCAUUCAAUCCAAUAGAUGGUUCGGAGUAUAAGCGUCCAUCCAAAAGAUCUGUUAUUGCAUUUGUCUCUGCUCUUGAAUCUCGUAAAGUAACUGCUAGUGUACGUCAAACAAGGGGACUUGAUGCAAGUGCUGCUUGUGGACAGUUGAGGAAUGAGUUUCAGAAGAGCCCUUUGCUUAGUGGAAGUAUAGAUCAGGAAUCUCAUUCUGAAGUUGCACUUGCAUCUUGAUAUCUUAAAAUUUCUGAUAGCCUUGCUGAAAUUACUUGACUUGUGUGUUUAACCGUGUUAGCAGUAAUUGAGAGCUUCUUAAAGAACAAGUCUUGUUUGGGUAAAAGUUGCUUUAAGGUGGAGCAUAAAGAGUGGUUACAUGAAGGUGGUCUCAACUCUCAUGUUUGCAUGCCUUGUGAUGUUGGUGAAAUUUGUUCUUAUAGGAGCAUGAUUGAUCAAUUUUUUGAGCUUGUUCUUAUGGGCGUUUUCCUGUCUCAAAAUGCUCCUCUGUGCUUCAGCAAUGUAAAUAUUCAGUACUUAACGAGAUGAGAAAGGUAAUUUUUGAUAGGAUAUAUGGUAGUAUUUCUUUCUCUCCAUAAAAUAUAGACCACCAUUACAAAGACACAAGUGAUUAAUACUUCACUAUCAUUACUCUUACUUGCCUAUUUAUUACCCCAUGCUUAUUCAUUCAA